GCACGCACCAUGUACCACGCAAUACACGUAUUGUUAUGCAUUCUUCUGGGCUCGCACCUUCUGGUGCAUGGGGAUGCGGCGGACAAGCCAGCACCAGGAGACCUAUUGAGUAAUAUAGCCGCCCGCGUCAUUCCUUCGGCCUUGGUAAAAGGCUUCGAGGGAGCGAGGCCCAUCCGCACCGCCAUCAGCGAGACGAUCGGGGCCUCCAGUGUUCCCGCCACCACAACAGCCAAGCCAAAACCCCGAACAACAUUGAAACCAAAGACGAGAUCGUCAACAGGCACAACGCGCAAGCCCAGAACAACAGAGACACCGCUAACCGCUGACAAACUGAAGUUCCGGCCUGAACAGAGGCCUGAGUAUUCGGGCCCGGACUCAGCGAGAGCUGCUCAGAACCAAUUCCCCUUUGACUACAGAAACAACUUCGGCUUGAAUGGAGGCGGUUUUCAGAGCAACGGCCGACAGUUCAAUCCUGGAUCUCCGCAGGGCUUCAACCCCGGUUUUUUCGGGGAUAGAAAUCCCUUCAAUCAGGGCUCAGGCGCGUUCAGGCCCUUCGACUCCCCCGUCGACCCGUCCGGGGCCCGAGGGAGCGAGAAUGCCAUUCAGGGGAGCGACGGGAGAGCCCCCGGCGCUGAUUCAGGCUUCAACGACGGGACCAACAGGCCAUUCGGGAGUCCCGGAGACUUCGACAGGUUCCGAGACUUCGGGAGAUUCGGCUACGACGACAGGUUUUCAGGGCGAUUCCCAGGGCAGUUCAGCCCUGGAUUCCGACAGGACGAUCGCUCUCGCUUCGAGGGCUACCCCGGACAGCAGAACAGCCAAGAGGUGAAUGGCAACUAUCGCCAGGACCCGAGGUUCAGCUAUCCCAACGCCCUGAACGACCAGCGACUGUCGCAGUUCUCGGGAUCGUUCCCGUUUCAGGGAUACGCCCCCAACAAUUUCGAUUUCCAGCCGAAUCAGAGGUUCCAGAAUCCCUUCGGCGAUAAUUACCGAGGGGUCCAGGGACCCUCAAAUUUCCCCCUGUUCUACCCGUCAGGACAAUCAGGAGGCUCAGGAGGCCCAGGGACAUCGAGACCGAACAACUCCAGCAAUGGAAAUGCCUCAGGACCCCUCACGUCUGCAUCUAAGAACUCCGAAAAACUGCAGACCCCCUCGGGAGACAAAAAAAAUAGCGAUUACAUACUGACAGAGGCACCCAGCACGUCCUUCCAGGACCAGAAAUUAUUCUAUCCACAGCUCGACGACUACUCCGACCUUCGGUUCCGCCCUGAUGGCUUCCUAAUAAAUUCUAACUUGGCCGCUAAACGGGGAGUCAGCGGCAAAGCCUGAAACCCACUUAACAUUUAUAUAAUUCGGUCUAUUGUACUGUCACUGUA